UCAUUCGGAAAAAAUAAACACCGAUGACGCCAAAAACCGUCUGGACAACGGAACCGAGCCCGUCUCGGACAUCGUCUCCGACCUGGCUUCCAACGUCACUGAGCAGACGUCACAGAACAAGCCGCUGACGUCGGGUGACGUCAUCAACUCUGUGCAGCUGCUGCCACAGAUGGUGUCCGCUCAGCAGGCCCAGCUCAGCGGACAGGCCGACCAGGACAAGGAGGUCGUGAGCCAGUAUGUAAACAAUAUCACCUAUUUGGUGGGCGAGCUGACCCGACAGGAAGAGUCGUGGCACUCGAUGCCUCGCGCCAACCGAUCGCUCACCUCCUCGACGCUACAGACCAAUGUGGAACAGUCGGCCUACCUGCUGGCGCCCUAUCUCAACGACACACACGCAGACUUUAACUACGACACAAUCCGUGUGCGCACGGGUCGGUAUACAUCACUGGAAGGUAACCUCGAGUACCGCACACAGCAAGGGUCCACUGUGACGCUGCCAGACGAGGUCGGCAGGUUCAACGAUAGCGGCAACACCACCAUCGUCUUCGUCGAGUACGGCAACAUGGACUGCCUGCUUCAGAGUCAGGAGUGCAGAACGUCAGACCAAUGGUAUGCCCAGGAGAACUUGGAGUUUCCCGAGUUUGUCAACUCUCCGAUGAUCAGCGCGAGUGUCGAUAACGUCUCGGUGGAGUUUAAUACCUCGAGUGUCACACUCCGGUUUCAAACUCGGCUCUCGGCGAGACAGUUCAACCUCUCCAACGUGCAGUGUGUGUUCUGGAACAACUCCAUCAGCCGGUGGUCGGACAAUGGGUGCCGAGUGGGUGCGGUGACCAAUGACAGCGUGGAGUGUUUCUGCGACCACCUGACCAGCUUUGCCACCCUGAUGGACAUCAACGGCAUCAUCCAGGAGGGAUCGCCGCUGGACCUGGUGCUGGGCUGGCUGACCACCCUCGGUUGUGUGCUGAGCCUGCUCUGCCUGGCUGCCUGCCUUCUGGUGUUCACUGCCAUCCCAGCUCUCCGCCGCGACGCCUCACUGGACGGCUACCGACAGGCCAUCAUGAGUCAGCGGCUCGCCAUCCACCGCAACCUCUGCAUCUGCCUGUUCGCCGCCGAGUUCAUCCUGCUCGUCGGACUGGAACCGCACGGGAAUGAAACAGGAUGCGCUGUGGUCGCUGUGCUUUUGCAUUUCCUUUUCUUGGCGGCCUUCGUUUGGAUGUGCAUCGAAGGAAUUCAAAUAUGCAUACAGUUGUAUCUAGGUUUAAGUGUAAAAGGCUACUACAUGCGGCAAUACUACAUGAUUGGCUACGGCGUGCCUGCAGUUAUUGUCAUAGUCUCUCUUUCUAUCACGAAAGGGGAGGGAUACGGCACAGAACUUGCAUGCUGGCUCAGCGUCGAGAACGGACUGAUCUGGGCGUUCGCUGGUCCUGUGCUGGUGGUGCUGACGGUGAACGUUGCUGCCCUCGCUUUGGCGAUGCUCCAGAGGUGCACCAAGGGCAGGAGUCACGUGACGAUGCAGCCCUGGAUCGGCUCGGCUUCCCUAGUUGUCAACCUGGGGCUCACAUGGCUGUUUGGGUUCCUCUACUUCAAUAAUGGACUUUCAUUCUUUGCAGUCGUCUUUACAAUCUUGAACUCUCUACAAGGAUUUUUCAUAUUCGUAUUCCUUGUGCUGCUGAACGAUAAGAAUCGAACAGAGGCGCAGCGAGCCCUGUGGAGAGCAACGAACCGAGUGGGUAUCACGGACAUUGACCUGUCGGCGCGGCCGAACGUGGGCGUUCAGCGACACCGCUCCAUGGAUAAAGUGUCGCCGUUUCCCGACCCCAGCGAGCGAGAUCAGGAGAGAGAGGAGCGGCCGGGCAGACUCGACAGGGCCGGUGACAUGGUGCUGCGCGUGGUAACACGGAUCAGAGCGGAUGUCAGUCGCUAUUCGCUGAAACGGGUCCACGAGGAAGACAAUGCGACUCCGUCGCCUGGCGACCACGAGACUCUGCGUAAACUCGAGUCCACGGACCCCGCCGUCGUGGGACGAGGAGGCUGGUAGAACUCGGCUAGUAGAACUCGGAGGCUGGUAGAACACGGAGGAGGCUGGUAGAACUCGGCUACUGUGGCUGGCUGAAUCCCGCUGGAGUCAUCAGUGCUCAGAAUGGAUAUAAUCACAGUCACCGAAGUGAAUAUACUGAGAGUUAGGUGUAGUAUCGAGAGAUGUGAGACAUGCGUGUUCUUUUUAUAGACAAUUGCGGUCUUCUUUGAGGCAUGGUAUUGUUUGGAUAGGUGUCAGCUAGUAUCUGUCAGCAUUUUAUCAUGGCAGAACUUUGUAACCAAUGAAAUGAUUUACUUACCUGACAUCAAACAUGCAUUACACUAGCAUAUCACCAGACACCAAUGUUAAUUGUGUAUGCUGUCAGUGGCGGAUCCAGGGGGAGGGGGGGCAAAAUGGGCAUUCCCCCCAAACGGCAUAAUUUUAACAUUACGCCUAUGGACGAUGCAUGGAAAGAAUCGAUAAAUUGUUAUGGUUUGCCCCCCCCCCCAAAAAAAAAAACUGAGCUGGAUCCGCCCCUGUAUGCUGUAUGCUAGUCGGUGGUAUUGGGUAUACUUAUAGGCAUAUAUGAAGGUUGUAUGUGAAUGUAAUAUGUGACCGAAAAAAAAAUAUUCAACAGUACUGCAUACCUGA